UCUUCGACAAGACCCAAAACCAGCAAUUCCCAAUCUCGCCGGGAGUUGAAUAGCAAUCGUGUUCCAGUUAAACGAAGUCGUCAUAUCCAUUUCCCUAACCUUCCCUCUCCGCGGGGGUUGGAUUCGUUGGCGAUGCCGCAGUCCAAGCGGCUCCUCUCUGCGGGAGGCGGCGGGAGGCGAAACAGCGGCGGAGGCUGCCGGCCUCCCGUCGUGCCGUUGCUCUUCCUCUGUCUUCUCGCUCCUUUGCUCUUCUUUGCGACGCGCGGCAGUACUCGCAUCCCCAUCUCCUCCAGGACUUCAGGAUUCUUAGGAAGAAAGACUCCGGAUUGGAAAGAACAGUUGAUAAUCAAGCACCUGAAACCGAUUCUGACAAAAGAGGUGGUGGAUUUAAUAUCUGCAAGCCAGCGUGAGAUGGGACAGUGGAGUCUUGAUUAUCUCAGAACACACCAUAUAUCUUCUUCAUGGCAAAUUGAUGGAGCUGGUAUUGCUGAUGUUGAUAAUUCAACUGUGACAGAGGUGAAUAUGAUACCUCAAAAUGCAUCAACUGUUGAAAAACGAAAUUCUGCAAAAUCGGAUGAUGAUACCAGGCUUGGUCCCAUGGGGACUAAGAAUAAAGAUAGUAAAGAUACUUUGGAUGGACAUGAACAUGUUGACUCACCUGCGAAAAUUGCUAGAAGGCAAAUGCGAGAAAAGAGACGGGAAAAGAGAGCAAUAGAGUUGCUUAAGCAGGAUGAUGAGGCAUUGGUUAGACUUGAAAAUGCUGCUAUUGAACGUUCAAAAGUAGUGGACUCUGCUAUCCUGGGAAAAUAUAGUAUAUGGAGGCGCGACAGUGAAAAUGAAAAUUCAGAUUCGACUGUUAGGUUGAUGCGUGACCAAAUAAUCAUGGCUAGAAUCUACACAGUACUGGCUAAAUCAAAGAACAGGCUUGAUCUUUAUCAGGAACUACUGACUAGCAUUAAGGAAAGUCAACGUGCAGUUGGUGAGGCCAAUACUGAUGCUGACCUCCAUCAUAGUGCUCCUGUGAAAAUGAAAGCCAUGGGUCAAGUACUAUCAAGAGCUAGAGAAGCAUUGUAUGACUGUAAGGCAGUGAUUCAAAGGCUUAGAGUGAUGCUUCAAUCUGCAGAUGACCAAGUUAGGAGCUUGAAGAAGCAGAGCACAUUCCUUAGCCAGUUGGCUGCGAAGACAAUACCUAAUGGCAUUCACUGCUUGUCUAUGCGCCUGACUAUAGACUACUACCUCCUUCCUCCAGAGAAAAGGGUGUUUCCACGGAGUGAAAAUCUGGAAAGUCAAAACCAUUACCAUUACGCUCUCUUCUCUGAUAAUGUUUUAGCUGCAUCUGUAGUUGUAAACUCAACAAUCAUGAACACUAAGGAACCAGAGAAACAUGUAUUUCAUCUUGUGACUGAUAAAUUGAACUUUGGAGCAAUGAACAUGUGGUUUUUGUUAAAUCCUCCUGGCAAUGCGACUAUUCAUGUAGAAAAUGUUGACGACUUCAAAUGGCUGAACUCUUCAUAUUGUCCAGUUUUGCGACAGCUUGAAUCUGCUGCCAUGAAAGAGUACUAUUUUAAGGCUGAUCAUCCAACAACUCUGUCAGCAGGUUCUUCCAAUUUAAAGUACAGAAACCCAAAGUAUCUGUCUAUGCUGAACCAUCUCCGGUUCUACCUUCCAGAGGUUUAUCCCAAGUUGGAUAAAAUUCUGUUUCUUGAUGAUGACAUUGUUGUCCAGAAGGAUCUGACUGCAUUAUGGUCUGUUGACCUUAAAGGAAAUGUCAAUGGUGCAGUGGAGACAUGUGGUGAGAGUUUCCAUCGCUUUGACAAAUAUCUCAAUUUCUCAAAUCCUCAUCUUGCUCGCAACUUUGAUCCCAAUGCAUGUGGUUGGGCUUAUGGGAUGAAUGUGUUUGAUCUUAAAGAGUGGAAGAAGAAAGAUAUAACUGGUAUAUAUCACAAGUGGCAAAAUAUGAAUGAAGACAGGGUCUUGUGGAAGCUUGGGACACUUCCUCCAGGACUUUUGACAUUCUAUAAGCUGACGCAUCCUCUGGACAAAUCAUGGCAUGUACUUGGCUUGGGUUAUAACCCUAGUAUUGAUCCCUCAGAUAUACACAAUGCUGCUGUUAUCCAUUACAAUGGGAACAUGAAACCCUGGUUGGAGUUGGCAAUGACUAAAUACAGGCUAUACUGGACCAAGUACAUCAAAUAUGAUCACCCGUAUAUUAAGGGCUGCAAAUUGAUAGAGUAGAAUACAAUUUAGUAUGAAAAAUGCUGUCUUGCCUGGGAGGAUGUUAAGUUGGAGAAUGAAAAUUUUCCUUUAUUCUCGAGACGUGACAUUCCCCUCCCAAUGUAAAUGCCCGCAUGUUAUUUUUAGCUGUUUGGAGAUUCUGAUGUGCUCAAAAUUUUUUUUUUUUUGUAUGAGAACGUAUAGCUACGCUGACAGUAGGAAAAGCACAAUUUCUUUGAUUCUCUUUUUUCAUCUA